AUGGAAAGCAACCCAGUGACUACUGCUAAAUCCACCAGCGUUGAUUCCUCAUCGCCUUCGCCGGUUGACAUUUUCGAUGGAAAUUCCUCUCCGCAGAAAAUAGAAAACACACCCGUGACUACUGCUGAAGCCCCCAAUGGCGAUUCCUUAUCCUCGGUUGCAGGGGCGGAGCAGGUCAUUCAUGCUCUGGUGAGCACUAAUUAUAAAUUUUAG